GGUUCGCGGGGUGUAGGGUUCAUUCGCUUUGAUAAGAGGAUAGAGGCUGAGGAGGCCAUUAAGGGGCUGAAUGGACAGAAGCCCUCUGGAGCUGCUGAGCCCAUCACCGUCAAGUUCGCCAACAACCCCAGCCAGAAGACCAGCCAAGCCCUACUGUCCCAGCUGUACCAGUCCCCCAACCGCCGGUACCCAGGCCCCCUGCACCACCAGGCCCAGAGGUUCAGGUAAAUACCUGGGGCUCACAACAAGGGUCGGGAGGUCAGGUUCAGCCAUUGGGCUAUUGGUUCAAAUGUACUGUAGAGUUGAGUAUGGCAUUUGAAUGUGUAAUUGCAACGAUCAACCACCUUGUAAGUCAUCAAUCACCAAUACGAUCUUUGAUUCUUUGUGCAUUCAACCAAGAAAGCAUUUUUGUUUUUGGAGCUCCACCCAUAACAGAGAAGAACUGUUCACAAGAGACAGUGGGGUUCUGUCGUUCACAUUGUCUCCAUUACAUCACCUCAUCACCCUCCUUAUUCCAUAAUGCAACCAACUGUCAUCCCCUCUUUCCAUCCACUGUUCAUUCCCAACGCAUACUUAGCAUGAUUCUCACCGAUUCCAGACUGUAGUCCCAAUGAGAAUAUAUUAAUUAUAAUCUGAACCUAAAAAAUAUUUCAGAUUGUGGAGCAAAUUAUUAUAAAAGAAAAAAAAGAAAAAAAAAAAAAAUAUAUAUAUAUAUAUAUAUAUAUAUGAAAAGUUAGACCAACAAAGUUGGAAAAUUGUAGAUUUCAGUUAUUAGUGAUGCUCCACAUUAUUAAUGACAAUAAUUGGUCAAUUAGGCUUAUUAUAUUUAAGGUAGGAGCAGGUUUUAAUUGAACAGAUUUUUCCAUGCAUUGAGAAGCAACACUAUUGUGUGCUGUGGGCUUGGAGAGAGGGUGUGAAAAGCUGGCAACCAAGGCAGGUUGUUUUUUACGGCAGCAGCCCAUCAGAUGUCUCCAGUACAGCGGCCUGAAGCGCCUCCUCAGCACUUCCAGUCCAAUUGACUCAUUUACCCACAAAGCAGAUUGCUCAGUCCCAGCCCGCAUAAUGGCCUAAUUGCUGCCUUAAUGAGUCAACAUUUUUUUGUGUGCUUUGUUUAGAUUUUUUUUGUCAGGUUCACAGACGGCAUCUCUGCCCACUGAUGACCUGCAGCACAGACAGUGUUUUGAAAGGGAGAAGUACUUUAGAAUGGCCCCAAGUUCCCAACCCUUCCAUUAGGCUGAAUGGCUUACUAAGACAUGAGACAGUGCAGACCCAUGUGACAAAUGAUGGUCAUUGUGUGACCAUGCAAGGCUUAUCCAAAAAGCCUCUGAUUUAUGUGGCUGAGUGGCUUCCAUCCUUGGCCCACUGAGCACAGUGACUAUCUGUCUGCAGGACCAGCCUGAUUUUUCCUCCCAGCCAACUAGCAGCACUGACUAACAAACACCAUCCCAUUUGACAUUCUACAUGGACAGGUGUCAAAAGAAAGCUAAUUGUUUUGGUCAGUUACUAUUCAGUAGUGUUUUGUUAGUCCAAACCAUGCAACAUGAUUCCCUGAUUUGUCAUCUUCCUCUCUUAAAAUCUUUACCAUCUCUCAAAAAAUGCCAAACCAUUGCACUGACAGAACUCUGGAGAAGGGGAUAUGUCUAAUUUUUUAUUUUUUUAUUAUUAUUAUACUAUUUAGUAGUAUAAUAUAUGUUCAUUUUGUCUCACAACCUUCUUGACAAACCUAAUGCCAAAGUAUCUGAGGGGCAAUUGGAAUAAUGAUGCAAAGCAGUUUUCAUAGUUUGACAUGAAUAAUCAUUAUUUCAUUAUGCUGUCCAGACUCAGGAUCGACAUUGAAUUUGAGAAAGACAAGAUUUCAAAACUUUCUUUGACAUCAAUACUAUGGCUUAACUCCCAAUUAUAAAUCACUUAUACAUUAUUUGACCUCAACACAACAGCACAGAUGUACAACGGAACCACUCUGAAAGCCCCAUGCAGCAUAAGAAUGUGUGGAGCGUGAGAGUGCUCUCCAUAGGGCCUCAUGCUAAAAAAAGAAAAUGUCGCUGUGUGCUGGCUGAUUGGGCCACAGAGUGGCCUCUUGUGUUAGCGCUGUACAGUACUGUUGCUAGCUAGCCUGCUGCUUUGUUGCUGUGUGAAUGACACCACCCCUGACUGGUGGGGCUCCUCAGUGUAAUGGCCCAUCUCUGGAUAGCUUUCUUCCUUGAGCGAGGCAGGGAUGUAGAAUUAGUUCCAUUGAGUGAGUCGACCAUCUGCCUGGCAUUAACCCCAGAACCCUCCUUCUCUUUACAGGCUGGACAAUUUGCUUAAUAUGGCCUAUGGCGUAAAGAGGUAAUUAAAACUUCACCGAAUGCCAGAUGUCCAUGUUGACAAAAUGAUUUCUAUCCUGUUUUCUUCAUUUUUAGAAGUCACUUGCAUUCGAUUCAGUUCAAGGUUAUUCUGCCUUGAUUUUUUGCUUUUCUUUAGCCUUGUUUAAUUUGAAUACACCAACCACUAGUCCAAAAGGAAAACAAUCCUCUUUUGUUUUCUAACGUUCGAUUUGCUUUGAGUAUGAUGAGUGCUGACUUUUACAUUUCGAUUGCUUUGGAUAGUUUCUGUGUAUAUUUCUGUUCUCUUGUGUGUAGCUCUUUUUUAGGCGUGGUUUUCUACCGGAUUCAGGUACUCUAGCCUAACCUCUGUCCAGCUUUAGAUGUUACAUUGGGAUCAAGCUCAGUUUGAAAACACUAAUAUCAAAGCAGUGAAUGGAACUUACAAUAACAAACCACCCAAUUCAAUAGGACUUGCCACAAUGGUUGUAAUAAUACAUUUAUUACAACGUGUUAUUACAGCAGUCAGCAGUAGUGAUGGGUGUUGGGGUUAAGGGGUCAGGGGUCAAUAAGGGGCAAGAUGGGAGAGGCUGGAGGCACCUGGAUCCCUGCAGGAAAUGCUGUUUCACUGCAGCCAGCUCGACUUCUGAUCACCUCUUUUUGCUCAUAACUUUUGCUUUUGCUACUGUUGAUGUAACAUAAAGUGAAGCGGCUCUGAGACAUCAUGAUAUCAGCUGAUGACAUUUUGUUGCAUGUUAAAGUAAUCAGUGAGUUCCUUUUGAUGUCCACUCACUGGAAUGGAAAGGCUGUGAUCCCAGAUGUAGCAUGAGAAAAGAAGCAUUUGCUUUUUUCCAUUUUAAAUGGAAUGAUUAAAUAGCUUUUUCUGUGAAAAGAGCAAAUCCCCUGAAUUCAUCAGUUUCCAUAGCAGUGAUUAGCAGCAAUUCCUGCUCUGCAGAAUCAGAGAAUGAAGGCUCAACUAUAAGACUGUGACAGAAUGAUGCAUGGGAAAGACUCUUUAGCACAUAGCUCUACCUCAAUGUCCCAGGCAGCAACUCGUUUGUCUAACAUACCUCUAUUUGUACUGAGGGCAGGAAACAAUUAAUUCAGUUGAAGGGCGAUGCAAAUGAUCUGGCCAAGAAAAUGACGACAAAAAGAAGAGAAGACAUUUAUAAUAUUCACCAAUAUGCUGCAGUGCCUGCUGGUUCAACAACACAGCACCAAGGCAAAGACUAUUGAAUAUGUACAAACUGUCAAAGCAGUAGAGUUUUGGAAUACAGAAAUCCAACAAGCCCUGCCUUUAGAAGAGCCUCUUGCUUGCUUGGCACAUGGUUUGAAGUAGUGAUGAUUAAUGAACAAAGGCAAGCGUAGUAGUAGUCAGUGUGCUUUAGAAGUGAGCAGUGGAGGUGGGAGCUAGGGGAGGGUGGGAUGGCUGCAGGUCAGCCAGCCCACCCUUGUUGCUAUGCAACUCCUCUCCUUUUCUAUGGAAGAACCACACAGUGUGUUUGGUCCUGCCCUGGUAGACACCACUGUAGUCUCCUCCGUGGCUCUGUUAGCCAGCCUGCUUGUCUCUCACCCUCACACACACACAUACCUGUAUUUGCAUUGAAAUUACUAUGGAGGUGUUAUUUCACUCAGACAGAGAGAUCAGAAUACAAUUGAACGUGUUAGAAAAGACCUUGACGUGACUAGAGGUUUUAAGACCCCUAGUGAAGGGAAGAUUUGCUGUUAGAAAAUAUACAUUUGACACAGGGGGAAAGAGUGACUGUAAUGAGACACAAACAAGAACCUAAAAGCAUAUUGUGUUGGCAAAAAUGUUAAAGCUCAAGUCGUGGCCAAAGUACUGAUGAAAGGUCUGAGUGAUUCUGUGGUCUGAGCAAGACUAUCGAUCACUGUCAUCCUCAUCCGCCCCACAACAGAUGACUGUAGGAGUGGGUGGAUGGAAUACACUUUGUACCUAAUGCAACUGGGUUGUAAAGUGUUUCCAUUUUCCAUUUAGUUUUCUUCUUCCUUCCUCCCUUCCUUAAGAAGGGAGGCUUCUCCGAGACAGCUGCAGUAAAGCGGAAAUCUCAAUUAAAGCAUACCCAAUAAUGCCUAUAGUCAUUCCGAGAGGUGGCAUAAGAAAUUAACCUUUUAUCCAAUUUACCUUUUAUUUAAAGUGGAAAUGUCCUUUAAGCGGAAAGGCAAUUAAGUGAAGUCAACUGAGCAUUCAAAUCUGUAUCGCAAAAAGGGAGAAUAAGUGCAGAUUUACUUGGUUGCAUACUCAAUCUCUGAUGAAUUUCAAAAUCUUUUAAUUCUGCAAGUUCCUGCAAUUUAGCUCCCAAUAGAGGCACUCAGGAAGAUCGAGGGAGAAAAGCUUCCCCUGUGUAUCCCUCCCUCCUUCCCUCGGAUGCUGCUGGAGCCAUUUCCCAGCAGGCCCCCCUCAGAGCAGUCAGCCUUGAGAAAAGUCCACUCAGUCAAUAUGAGGGGAAAUAGUCUAGCAGGAGGAUACAUUACACAGACAGACCCUUAGUCAUAGUGCAUAAUGUGUACUGGGUUGCACUGGUAAUAAUCAAUGUAGAAUGGUCAGGAAUGCUAGAACUGUUUGGUUGGUACUGUAUGUGGAUGGAUGGGAUUUUAUUUGUCCUGUUUCACACAGUACAAGUGUGUAUUAAUACGCAUGUGUGAAUUAGAAAUGGGUUUUUUUGGCAUAUCGCAACUCUCCCUGAGACACCCUCGGAGAGUGGGGUCAUGGCGAGGUUCACUUUGGACACAAUCUCAUAGUUUGUAAAUCCAUGCACACGCAGUGGGUUUUCUAUUUCUCUCAAUUGGGCAUUUGUUUCACUUAACAUUGGACUAUUUAUUUUCCUCCCUCUCUCUUUCUCUCUGUCUAUCUUGUGGUGCAGGUUUUCUCCCAUCACCAUUGACAGCAUGACAAGCCUGGUGGGCAUGAACAUCCCUGGCCACACAGGCACUGGCUGGUGCAUCUUUGUCUACAACCUGUCUCCAGACUCUGACGAGAGCGUCCUAUGGCAGCUGUUCGGGCCCUUCGGAGCGGUCAACAACGUCAAGGUCAUCCGCGACUUCAACACCAACAAGUGCAAGGGCUUCGGCUUCGUCACCAUGACGAACUACGACGAGGCAGCCAUGGCCAUCGCCAGUCUCAACGGGUACCGGUUGGGUGACCGCGUCUUGCAAGUCUCGUUCAAGACCAACAAGACCCACAAGUCC